CACAAAAGCGACCAAUGGCCUAAGAGGCACGUAGUCCCACAGCUAUAAAGUUGGCUUUGAGCUGAGGAGUCUUCAUUCAUGAGCAUACUGAGAAGUGGAUCCUGCGCUGCCGUUUGAUUCCACUGACACACUCACUAUUACGUUGGACAAUGCUGCGAGUAAGAUGCCUGAGAGGAGGUAGCAGGGGGGCCGAGGCUGCCCAUCUGAUCGGAGCAAUGCUUGGCCGGGCGUUGAACGGAUGGGUGCAGAAGACCCUGCAAAGCACUUCAAGUGCAGCAGCUGCACAGCCACAGCAUGUAGUUGAAGAGGAACAUGUUACUGAGCCGGUUCCUCAGGAAUGCCCAGUCUGCAGCUACAAUGAAUGGGACCCUCUGGAGGAGGUGAUUGUGGGGCGAGCUGAAAAUGCCCACGUGCCUCCCUUCACUGUGGAAGUGAAAGCUAACACAUAUGAGAAGUACUGGCCCUUCUACCAGAAGUAUGGGGGCUGGUCUUUUCCUGCGGACCACUUGAAAAAAGCAGUUGCUGAGAUCGAAGAAAUGUGCAAUAUUCUGCGUCACGAGGGCGUCGUUGUGAAGAGGCCAGAACCCGUCGACUGGUCUGUGGAAUACAAAACACCAGACUUCACCUCAUCAGGAAUGUAUGCGGCCAUGCCCAGAGACAUCCUUUUAGUGGUGGGAAACGAGAUCAUCGAGGCUCCUAUGGCGUGGAGGGCUCGUUUCUUUGAGUACCGAGCCUACAGACCUUUAAUCAAGGAGUACUUCAGAAAAGGUGCAAAGUGGACCACUGCUCCUAAACCAACCAUGGCCGAUGAUCUGUAUGAUCAGGAUUAUCCCAUCCGCACAGUGGAAGACAGGCACAAAUUAGCUGCUCAGGGGAAGUUUGUGACCACGGAGCACGAGCCCUGCUUCGAUGCUGCUGACUUUAUUCGAGCUGGGACGGACCUCUUUGUUCAGAGGAGCCAGGUUACAAACUACAUGGGAAUUGAGUGGAUGCGCCGUCAUCUGGCACCAACCUACAAGGUCCACAUAAUCUCCUUCAAAGACCCUAACCCCAUGCACAUUGAUGCCACGUUUAACAUCAUCGGGCCAGGACUCGUGCUGUCAAACCCUGAUCGCCCAUGUCGCCAGGUAGACAUGUUCAAGAAGGCUGGCUGGACAGUUGUAAAACCACCAAUACCUUUGAUUCCCGAUGACCACCCACUGUGGAUGUCCUCCAAAUGGCUGUCCAUGAAUGUCCUGAUGCUGGAUGAGAAGCGUGUCAUGGUUGACGCCAAUGAAACCAGCAUUCAGAAAAUGUUUGAGAACCUCGGUAUCAAGACCAUAAAGGUGAACAUUCGCCAUGCCAACUCCUUGGGUGGUGGCUUCCACUGCUGGACAACUGAUGUCCGCCGCCGUGGUACCCUGCAGUCCUACUUUCACUAGCCUUGCCAGAAACAGGCAGUUUUAUUGAGCUUUGAAUAUAAAGCCUCAGUCCGGAAUCACUGCAAUAAUCCAUUUUUUAUUAUCAGUCAGUUUUAACCCAUCAGUCAACAAAGGCUGAAACUUUCCCAAACAAAAAGGCGAUCUUUAAACCUAUCUUUUUCUAAAUGUGUAUUCAGGUGUCGCCUGCUGAAACUCAAAGUUUUAAUUCUUUAAACUGGCAAAAACAAAUGAUGGAUAAUAAUAACGAAGACAGGUGGCACCGAAGCCUUUACCGGAUUGUGUCUUUAUAUAGUAAACGAAUAUUUAUGGAUUGUUUUGAUUUGACAUUGCUGCACAUCACAGUGCCUUUGCAGACAGCUUUGUUUGGAGACAAUUAGAAUAUACUGGAUAAUCUCAAUAGCAAAAAAAUGAACAUCACUUGAAUCAGUGAUCUCAAUAAUAACUGCAUUUCUGGCCUGGCUGUUGUGAAGUUGAAGUUUUUAUGGCUUUUACAUCAAACGCCAAAGCUUUGAGGACAAGGUACAAUUUGGUAUGUGAAUGUCAUCAGACUAGGGCACAGGAGGAGGGAAGCCUCCUCAUGAAACCUCAAAACCACAAUCCUACCUUUUUCAAAAAGAAGAAACCAAAACAUUUUUUUAUUUAAAUAAAUGUACACAACUUUUACGUAGGUCAUUAAAAAAUAUUAACUUCAGUUUAUUGAAAGAGGGGAAAAAUGUUCUGUUUAUAUUUUCCGUAUUCUUUAUUGGAUUUUCCCAACAAUUCCCAAAUGCAUGAAAGUAUGUGAUCCAUAUCAGAUUUUGUAUACCUUUUUCCUCUGCUGUUUUCUCCUAUUGCAAAUCUGGGCCAGCUAUAUGCUAGUAGUCAUUCUCACUAAAACUGCUUGGCUGCUUUUUGUGUCUUCAGGAUGGAAGAUGUUUUCUUGUGAAGAUUUCUGUUUUUUUAUUCCUUUGCCGCUGACAGGGUGGGAUGUAAGGCAUUAGCCUGUCUUGAUAUUUAUUGUGAAACAAUAAAUUAAAGGGACAUUGUGGCUCAGCAGAGGAAUGCUAGUGGUGUUUUGUAAUGUGCAAUGUUAAUAAAUUAAAGCAAGUUGUGUGACACAG